AUGGUUGCACAGACAGAACCCCGAUACGCGGACCCCAUCUACCAGACGGCCCACGACAACACCUACAAUAAGCCGAUCAUCCAGGGCAUCCCUGACGUACUGCCACCGGGCGUAUCUCAAAAUGACUUCGACAGCGCGCUCAAGCAGAUCGCCGCAUCCCUCGGGGAGGAUUCCGUUUUCCGAGGCGAGAGGCUGAAGGAAUACGUAGAUCCAUACGAGAUCCCCGAGGGAGGCCAUGAGAGGAAGGUUCCCGGGGCUGCCGUCUGUCCGUCCUCUGUCGAGGAGCUGCAGGCUGCUCUCAAGGUGGUCAAUGAGUUCAAGAUCCCGGUGUGGACUGUGUCCCGCGGCAAGAACCUGGGAUAUGGAGGGCCUGCGCCCGUCGUGAACGGAUCCUUCGUCAUGGAUCUCCACAGGAUGAACAAAGUCCUCGAGGUCAACGAGAAAUUCUCCUACGCGGUAGUGGAGCCAGGGGUCACAUUUGGUGACCUGUAUUCCUACUGCGUCCAGAAGAAUCUCAAGGUCUGGCCCAGCACCGCCUCUCUCGGCUGGGGCAGCGUGGUUGGCAAUACCCUGGAUAGGGGAAUGGGUUUCAUUCCCUCUGGUAUCCACCACGAGAACAUCGCUGGGCUCGAGGUAGUCCUUGCCAACGGAGAUGUCGUUCGCACCGGCCAGUUCGCGAUGACCUCUUCGCCAUCCGCCCACCUGACCCACCUCAGCUUCGGGCCCUCUAUUGAUGGGCUCUUCCUCCAGAGCAAUCUGGGCAUCGUGACCAAGUUGGGAAUCCAUAUGACGCCGCAGCCUCAAGCGUACAUGCCAUGCACUUUCGACAUGCCUGACUUUGAUGACAUCGAGACCAUAACCGACGUAUUCGGGGAGAUGCGUCGCAACAAGACCCUCCCAACAAUAGUCUACGUCUUCAGCCUGAUCGAGUGGUCCGCCAUCUUCGGCCCGCGGCACAAGUACUGGGAGGGCGACGGGCCCAUCCCGGACUGGAAGAUCAAGGAGAUGCAGGAGGAGCUCGACACGGGGUUCUGGACCGUCAAGUGGGGCUUCUACGGGCCCAAGGACGUCCUCCAGGCGCAGUACAACGAGGUGCAGCGCGUCGUGUCCAGGGCGGCGCCCAAGGGCCGCCUGCGGAACACGCUCUUCUCGGGCGGCGACGAGGCCCAGCUCCUCGAGGCGGCGUCGGUGCCGCAGCCCUACGGGGGCAUGUUCGUCGGCGUCCCCAGCAUGUUCUCCAUCCCCAUGGUGGACUUCUACAACCCCAAGGAGGGCGGCGGCGUCGGCGCCCACGGCGCGUACUCGCCCAUCGUCCCGCUGGACGGCAAGACGAUGAAGAAGUGGGUCACGGCGGCGAGGAAGGUCUACGAGUCCCAGGGCCUGGACCUGUGCUGCGACUACUUCAUGCACGAGCGCCACGCCGUCUUCGUCUGCAUGCUGUGCUUCGACAAGACCAGCUCCAAGCAGCGCCAGGCCAUUGAGAAUGUGUUCAACGGGCUCUUCGAGGAGGGGUCGAAGAUGGGGUUCGCGAAGUACCGCUCUCACAUCGCGCACAUGGACCAGGUUGCCGAGCUUUUCGACUUCAACAAUCACGCGUAUCGCAGAUUCGUGGAGACCAUCAAGGACUCGCUUGAUCCCAACGGUGUUCUGUCACCAGGCAAGAUGGGUAUCUGGCCGAAGAGGUUUAGAGAUCAGAAGUGGAACGUGGAGAAAAAUCGCAGCGAGGCCAGACUGUGA